GUCACUGCGGAAUUACGUAGAAAGGGGAAAAAACAGGAAAAAGGAAAAUAAUAAGUAGUCGUUUGUGAAGUUGGGACCAUGGCUCUGGGUGACUGUUGGAAGCAGUUAUCCUGGUUUUACUAUCAGUAUCUUCUGGUGACGGCGCUGUACAUGCUGGAGCCCUGGGAGCGGACGGUGUUCAACUCGCUGCUGAUCUCUGUGGCCGGCAUGGCCAUAUACACCGGCUACGUCUUCAUGCCGCAGCACAUCAUGGCCAUCCUGCACUACUUUGAGGUCGUCCAAUGACACGAUGACUCCACCCACCGGCUUCCUGUCUCUGGCUUCCUGUCCGUCCGUCCACCCGCCCGUCUGUCUGCGGUCUCCUGGGUUCAAGGUGGGGGAUUGUUUCCACACAUGUUGAGGCAGAACUUCUCCUCCUCCUUUCCAAAGCUACUUCAAUAUCAAAGGUCAAAGCUCUGAACGCCAUGUCGGACGAUGACAUCAUUCCACGGGGACGGCGUCUCCUCCACUCGUCUGAAUGAUUUGGGAUUGUGAGCAGCGUCAAGCUGUGAGACGGGGACAUUGGAAGGAGGUGCGCUUGGUUUCGUUUCUCAUGUUUUUAUCUUCUGAAAUCAAGCGCACCUUACAGGGUUUGAAGAUGAUGUGGUCGUGUGGAGUGACGGGACUGUUUUUUUUUUUUUAUUUCAUUCAGACAUCAAAGCGUUGUCGUCUUUUAUUCAGGGGCGGGAAACAGCAGCUUUGUAUGAGCCAAAUAUGAAUUUUAGAGCAAAAUCGGACUUCUGAAUGAUUGUUUUGUUGAAGCUGCUUUUUAAAGAAAGAACAUCAGUCAUUUUCAACCAGUUUCACCAUUUUCAACACACGCUCACCUUGUUGUGUAGCAACGACACACAUCACAACGCUAACGCCUGCUGCAACAGGUAGAAACACUACAUGAACAACAAGUUUCCUGUGUAAACAAAUGAUUACAUUCAGUAUCAGUUAGACAAAUAAUCAUGUGAAUAAAUACAAACAAAAUAUUUAUUGGCCUGUUUCAAUAUCAUAAGUUUGUUCAUUAUAAGUAAAAUGUGCCUCAUUUUUAAAUGUCCUUGUUUUCUUUUUCAUUUACAAAGUUUAUUUCAUGAUUUCACAGUUGCAACUAACUAUAAUCUUCAUUAUUCAUUAAUCUGCUGAUUUAUUUUCUCCAUUAAUCGUCUAUAAAACAUCAGGAAAUACUGAAAAGUGUCACAAUUUCAGUUUACUGGAACGUAAGACAAAGAAAAGCAACAAAUUCUCACAUUUUAGCAGCAUUUUUGCUUUAAAAUUGACUGAAAUGACCAAUAAAUGAUCAUAAUAGUUGCUCAUAUUCUCUCCAGUACAGCAUUAUAUACACUCCAUACUUAAUGUCUUUAUUUAUUUAUUGAAUAUUGAACAUCGUGAGUGUUCAUAGGAUGAUGAUGAGUUUAACUUGUGGUGCUCUCACAUCCCGAAACAUUUGUAUAUUUAUUAUUUCUUCCUUUCAGAAUGUAGCUAACUGGAAAACUGACUCCUCUAACUGGAAGUUUAGUCGUUUUAUUUUACUUCCUGCACAUAAACCUUCACCUAAAUAUUAAUUUUUAAACUGUUGGAAACGCUGCCAGUAACUCUGAACGUCCAGCUGAAACACUGAAUCCCUCACAAGGAGCAUGAUGGGAUAGCUGCCGGCGAGAGACACACGCAAAGGGGGCAAAGGUCAAGUGAUGGAGAAUUGUGACAUUGAUUUAUUGUAAGUAAACUUAAUUUUCAGCACCAAUUUUAUAUUAAUAUGAACCAAAUUUAGCUGAUCUUAGCAGCUGUUUCUACCCCAACAGAGACGUUUUCACCACAAAGUAAAAAGAAGCUAAAAUAAGUCACGUUUGGAUGAUGUUUAUGACUCAUUAAUGACGUCUUUUAAUUCAGAUUUCAACUGAAUUAGAGCCUGAAAAAUAAAACGGAAGCACAUUUUUCUCCUCUCCAGCAUCACACGAGGUUCGAGAGUAUUUAACGCCUCCUGUGUUGCUGCAUGUGUGAUGGAAAAUGGAUGAAAAACAGGUUGAAAAUGACUUUUUUUUUUUUGUGCUUUAAAUUCCAACUUUUACUUUGAAUCUCAAAGCAGUUUCAACAACAGUUUCCUCUUUGCACAGAAAUAUUUAAGAAUUUCCAUUUUUAUGUCAUCACAGGUUAUGAUAUGUGCUCUGCUACUGAUAUCCCUUUUUUUUUUUUUCCUCUGCAAAAUUGUGUAUUUUUCUCAAACUGUAUAUAAUCUUGUAUACAUAUUUGUAAAGUUUUGUAGUUGGAUGUGUUGGCGCGUAGAAUAAAAUAUUUGUGGUUUUUUGUGAGCUACUGACGCUAAAUACUGUUCUAUAACUGAAAUCAUUAAAGGGAUAUUUCACUAAAUG